AAUUAAAUAUCUCUCUCUCUCUCUCUCUCUCUCUCUGUUUUUUUAAUCUAAUUUUCUUCUCCUAAUUCACUAAAACCCUAGAUAUACUUCCACCACUCCUUUCUCGAACACCACCCACAAAAAGGAAGGAACAAAGAACGACACUCUUUUUUGUUUUUUUUCAACGGUGUCGGGUUUCUGUUUUUAAAGCCCUUUUUUUUGGGUGAUUUUCGAAACCUUUCCGUACAAUGUCGGGUUCCGGGGGCGUUUCGUUCGCGAGAAGCCGAGGCGGCGAGAGUCGGUUUUACUAUCCGCCGCCGAUGAGGAAACAGCAGCAGCAACCGCAGCAGAUGAUGGGGCAGCGGCGGGAACGGAGGCCGUCGGUUUCCAAGAGUUUGACCGAGAAGAGAACGGAUCACGAGGAAUGCGCCACGUCAUCACCGUCUUCAACGUCGGUGGAUAGUAGUAAUAAGAAUAAUAAUAGUAGUAAAAGAAACGAUGAUAAUUUGACGAAUUUGGAUCGGUUCUUGGAGUAUACGACUCCCGUGGUUCCGGCUCAAUAUCUACCCAAGACAAGCAGAAGGGGAUGGAGAGGGCAAGAACCUGGACUGGAGUGUUCUCCACCAUAUUUUGUGCUUGAGGAUUUGUGGGAGUCUUUUAAGGAAUGGAGUGCAUAUGGAGCUGGGGUUCAUCUUUUGUUGAAUGGGAGUGACUCUGUAGUGCAAUACUAUGUCCCUUACUUGUCCGGCAUUCAGCUGUAUAUAGACCCAUCAAGACCCUCCCCAAGGCAAAGGAGGCCUGGUGAGGAGAGUGAUACUGAGUCAUCCAGAGAGACAAGUAGUGAUGGUAGCGGCAGUGAUUGUGGAACUGGAAGAAGAGCUAACAAUGUUGUCCAGGGGGCUUGGAGUCAGCUGGAGAUUGCAGACACGAAUGUCCAGAGAUUGAUGAGACUGUCACUUAGGAAUAAACCCUCUGGGGGUUCUUCAAGCGAUGAAAGCGAUAUGUGUAACCCUCCUGGUCAGCUGAUUUUUGAAUACUUGGAGCAUGAUCAACCAUUUAGUCGUGAACCCUUGGCUGACAAGAUUUCAGUUCUUGCAUCUCAAUUUCCAGCACUAAGGACGUACAGGAGCUGUGAUCUAUCCCCUUCAAGUUGGAUUUCUGUGGCAUGGUAUCCUAUAUAUAGGAUACCAAUGGGUCCAACUCUGCAAAAUCUGGAUGCCUGCUUUUUAACCUAUCACUCUCUGUCUACACCCUCACCAGGUAUUGGCACAGAUGUGCUGCCCUUCCGGGGCUUCCCUGUUAGGGAGUUUCAUGGUGCUGACAUGUCCUUAAAGCUAUCAUUGCAUGCCUUUGGACUUGCUUUCUAUAAGUUCAAAGUUUCCGUUUGGAAUCCCGAUGAAGCGAGUGAAUGCCAGAAAGCUAAUUCCCUUUUGCGAGCUGCUGAUAACUGGCUUAGGCUUUUGCAAGUGAAUCAUCCAGAUUUCAGGUUCUUUGUUUCCCACAACACAUACUGGAGGUGAGCAAAGUUCCAAAACAUAGUGGAACUGACCACUUAACUUGGAAGAGAAUCCCAGUACCUCAGCAGAUUGACUUUCAAACUGUCUCUCCAGCCCAUUAGCCUUAGCUCAUACAUAUACUUUGGUAUUGCUUGCCCUAUCUGUAGUUCUUCCUCAUGGAUGCAAGGAAGAUGCUUUAUUUUGUAUGGAUUACGAUGGAUACAGAGCACAGAUAGACAUGGUAUUCAAGUUCAUCUGUUGGGCUUCCCGUAAUACCCCAUGUUCUUUUGUCAGCAUCAUGGCCUCGACGAGGUAGAUGUCAAACUCUAUAACUUCUUAAUAAGUUUGAUAGUUUGAUGAUGACGAUGAUGAAAAUCUCUGAUAUUUGUAUAUACUUAUGUCUUUUUGGAGUUCAGUAUGUGUAACAUUCCUACUUGUACUAACACUUUUUUAGAGCUUGAUCUUGGAACCCAAACAUUAGUUUUUCCACUGGAGGUGAAAUAACACGUUAGCUCUUCUUAGUGAGGGAGAAAUGUUAAUGCACUUGAACUAUAUUCAACGUU